AUGGCGGAUGAGUAUGAGUCAGCUGGUGAUGGGCUAGCUACAUUUUCGCGGCUCUACCUGGAUCUCCGUGGCGUGUGUUUCGUGAUUGAUCGCGAGACGCUUAUGAGCUUACCUGAGUCCAUCUUGUUGUGUCUCUUCCCGAACGGUCUUUUGCUGCCGGAUCCCAAUGACGAUAUAAGCGAGGAGAAACAGGUAUACUUUGUUGACUCUGAUCCACAGUGUCUUCAGUUUGUGCUCUCGUUCUUCCGACGUGCACAGGAAUACUUCUAUGGCACUGACGUCGCUGCCGGCGUGUAUCGAGGUGCAGGACUGAGCCCGAGCUAUCUCGAUCUCGUAGACCCGGUAAAUGGUGAUAUGAUGAAUGGGUUCGGCCAUCCAUUGCACUUGCCGCUUUUUCACAAGCAGGCCGUCAUCCUCCUGCGUGAAGAACUCGAGUUUUUCACAAUCCCGCCCCGGUCGAUGGCCAAGUCCGCUGCCAUGCCUGACGUCCCCCCCAAUAUGCCGCCAAACGCAACUCCCGCAUUUACACAGCUCAAAGAUGCAUGCGGAAAUGCGCUUCUCAUGCGGCGACAGAUCUUUACUGCUCUUCAGCGCAAUGUCAAUAAAGAAAACAACAUGGCUGAACAGCACCUCAUUGACAUGUUAUGUAUGAGUGGAUUUGAGCCGAACGACCAGUGGGGAUAUCGUGCGCGAGAACCCGCGCGGUGCGCGAUUACAAGCACAGCGCUUGUUCUGCUCAAAACUGGCGUUACACAACCCGGUGAAUUGCUUGAUGGCCGUGCCCCCAAUGCACCACCUCUCCAGCGUCCUAUUGGUGUACAUCGUGCAGGUGUGAACAUGGAUACCGGCAUCCCUGUGAAUCUGACGCCAUCCCCUGACGAGCUGGGCGAGUGGGUUGAUGAUGGUCAGGGCGGCUCGCUGUGUGUCAAUCAGCAACAACUCUCUACGACGCAAAAACUACUUCUCUUCUGGCGGAAGCCUGCGGUAUGUAUUUACGAGUGCGUCGGCAUUCUUAAAUGCCAAAUGCUCGAGCACACAUGUACUGACGCGAUCUUUCUUUCAUCUCAGCGCAAGUGCUGGUGGGAUGGUAUUGACAUUGUGGUGCCCCAGCGCACCAUGCAUUCUGAGCCCCCCACGCCUUUACCGCCGCAUGUCUUGGGCACUUUAUCGCCGCAAGAGCGUAGCUGGCUCGAUCAAGGCAUUGGGCAGUGCGUUCGUGUUUGGGUUCGUCGUGUAUGGACAUUAGAAGUGAGCUUGGUAAGUAAUAUGAUGGGGUCUGCAUCUCCAGGGAAUCUUUGCUCGCAUUCUCAGGCCGAGUCUCCUCGCUCACCUUGUGGUGUGCGGUUGCUUGCGGCUCACGCUGUAUGA